UGCAAUUGAGUCGAGGUUCUUUUGAAAACCGUCUUUCAAUCUCCACAAAGUAGUGAUAAUAUCUGCGUCACUCUACUCUGAUUCUGUUUCCAUCAAUCGGCCAAGCUAAUUAUAUGGAGAAUUCCGAAGAGUCUUACAACGAACCUUAUCAUCCAUCAAUAGACGAAGAACUAGCGGGGUUUGAUGAUGAUGUAGAAAAAAUAACUAAGAAUUUGAUAGGAGAAAGAAUGGGCCUCGAUGUUGUCUCGAUUGUUGGAAUGGCUGGAAUAGCGAAAACAGCUCUGGCUAGAGUGAUAUACAAUAGUCGUUCUAUCAUCGAUCAUUUUGAUGUUCGAGCUUGGUGUUUUGUUUCAGAAACAUAUAAUAGCAGAGAGUUGGUGCUUCAGAUUCUAAAACAAAUUACAGAUAAUCAUCGUUCUUUAAUUGAUCAUCAUAAUGAGUAUGUUGAUGUGGAUCUUCUUUACUACAAAUUGUGGGUGUGUCUAUCCACAAGAAAAUGUCUCAUUGUAUUAGAUAAUGUAUGGAAAGUCCAGGUAUGGAAUGAUUUUCAAAAAGCAUGUUUCCCUGAUUGUCAUAAUGGAAGUAAAAUAAUGGUAACAACUAGAAAUGAAGAGUUGGCUAUGUAUAUGAGGCUGCAUAGUGAUCCUUAUUCGCUUCCAUUUCUAAAUGAUGAACAGAGUUGGGAACUAUUGCAGAAAAAAGUAUUUCAACGAGGGAACUCGUGUCCUUUGGAGCUAGUCAAUGUAGGACAACUAGUUGCCAAAAAAUGUAAAGGAUUGCCUUCUUCACUUAUCAUGAUUGCUGAAACUCUUUCAAGAGAAAGAGAAGCGUCUUUGUGGCUUAAGGUUGCAUAUGAUUUAAGUUCUUAUGUUUCUGACAAGGAGAUGAGCAUGAAGAUGAUACAAUCAAGUUAUGACCAUUUACCGGACGAUUUAAAACCUUGCCUUCUCUACAUGGGAUUGUUUCCUAAAAAUUACGAAAUUCCAGUGUCUGAUCUACUCAAGUGGUGGAUAGCCGAGGGGUUUGUGCAGUGCAUUGACAUGUUGAAUCCAGAAGAAUUAUCAGAGUUUUGCUUGCGUGAUCUGGUUGGAAGUAACCUUGUAGUGGUUUCUAAAACAGGAUCGAAUGGUAAAAUGAAAUGCUGCAUCGUACUUGAUCAAGUUCGAGAGUUUUGCUUGAGAAAAAUUACAGAAGAAAAGUUCCUGCAGCUCAUAGUGACGUAUAGCUAUCUAGCUCAACCCGAAGAACAAAGGUUAUGCAUGUACAUACAAGACCGUACUAUGACAAGUGAUUUCAAGGAAAGUGAUCAGGAGUUCAUUGUUCAUCCGAAAUUCAGUAUGUUGGACCGUAGGAAUCCUUUCCGUUUGCUUAAUAACUUAAAACUUGUUCGGGUUUUACACUUAGUGGAUAUCUACUUGGACAAUUCUUUGCCUACUGCAUUUCAGUCACUACCUCACUUGAGGUACCUUGCAAUUUUUGUUAAAGCAUUUGAUUUCAAAUGGGUGUCACACCUACUUCAUCUACAAACUUUACGGGUUCAUUCAUCUUAUAUAAUGAUAUCCCCGGCUAUAUGGAAAAUGUCAGAGUUGAGGCAUGUGGACAUAAACGAAUUCCCCAUUACAAUAUGGGAAGAAGAUCAUAUUCUGUUGCAUAACUUGAAGACUCUUGGAAUGUGUUGUAUGACCGUGGCUGACAUGACUCGAAAGUUUUGGGACAAGCUUCCAAAUCUUGAAGAACUCAGGCUCCACAUUAAUGAAUUUGGAGAUAAUGUUUCUGAUUAUUCAAACUCCGAAUUGAUGAAUUUGGAUAUUAUUUUCCCCUGGCGUCUCAAGUGUUUGUCCCUCAGUGAAAUUUUCCUAACAGAUGAAUUAGUUUCAAGUAUUGCAGAGUUGGAACACCUUGAAACUCUUAAAUUGUCUGAGAUAUACUUUGCAGGGGAAAAACAUUGGGAUCUCAGCGAUAACACAUUUGUACAACUCAAGUUUUUGAAAUUACAUCGUGUUUUUAUGACCAAAUGGAGUUGCUCAGAGGAAUCAUUUCCUUGCCUUGAAUAUCUUGUUAUAAAAAGUUGUCCCAAGCUUGAAGAGAUCCCCAAUACCUUUGCGGAAAUUAUGUCAUUGCGAUUGAUAAAAGUUACUGAUUGUAGCUAUUUUGUUGGCAAUUCAGCUGUGAAGAUUAAUGAAGUAAGAGAAGACUGUGGUCUGGAGCCGAUCCAAGUUCAUAUCUUGAAGAAAGACAAAUGAUGAUGAUGUGAUCUCCAUGCAACAGAAUCAUCCAUCAGACUUCUAGUUAGAAGAGACAUCAGUUGAAGCUAAACCAUUGUAUUGAGAUGAAAGGUUCUGCUUUGUAGAUGGAUUGAUUUGCAUAUCAACAAGCUGCUAUUGUCUGGAGAGGAUAUCAAUGUCUAUUUAGUUUUGUGCUUUGUAACGCUACGUUCUGAUAUGUAAUUUCGGGGACGUAGCCAGAAUUCGAAGCUUAUUAUGGAUUCUGAAUUUUUAUCACUGCGAUCUAAACUACUAAUUGUCAUGUUCAUUGUUGUUAUUUGUUGAUGGAAACUAUAUGUGUGUAUUUAUAUAUAUGAAAGUAUCUCCGGUAAUUCUUAUCACAAUUUA